GCGCGGGGCUCGGUGCGUCGGGGAAAGACGGCCGGGCCCGCCGUUGCCGCUGCUGCAGAGGCCGGGCCAGGGUUCCGGGCGGACCCCGCGGGCUCAGGCAGGCGUUGAGGCGUCUGGAGAGGCGCAGCCCACGGCCGACCUGAAGCUAGCCUUCACAGACGGGCGGCCUGCUGUCCUGAGGGAGGGUGACCACGUCAGCACUCUGGGGAGGCCUGCCAGGACCGUGAGGAUCCCACAGUUGCUCCAUCAAUGGAAGAGUCCAGAAAAGGGAGCCAUUUCUAAGGUCCUCCCUCCUUGAGCUGCCUGUCGCCUCCCUGGCCCCACCUUGAGGAUGGACCUGCCAGACAUAGAUGGAGACCCCACCGGCGACCCUGUUGGGACCAAGGGCUGUUCUGCGGGCCCGGACCCGCCUCUGUUCCUGCAGGCCCUGCAGACACUGUGGUCCACGCGGAAGCUGCCGCAGCUCCGGGAGGAGGCCCGGCGGGGCUUCGCGGCCCUGGCCGACCCGCGGACGGUGCUCCUGGACGUGCUGGAGAGCAGCAGGGGCUGGCGGCGGAAGGGCCCCUCCCUGGAGGCCUGGCUCACCUGGGAGCUGGCACACUGGCUGCCCACACAGCCGCUCCCAGGGCUGGCCCAGGUGAGGCUGAAGCAGCUGCUGGCCCGUGCAGUCAGGGUCCUCGCUGAGAGCCCCUCUGGUCUCGUGGAGCCGCUGGUCAGCAUCUUCCAGCUGCAGGACGCAGACCGGGGUCCCCUGCUGACUCACGUCCACUGGCUCCACCAGGAAGGCAAGUUCAAAGAAGCUGCUCUGCUGGGCCUGAAGCUGAUGCUGCAGCCACUACUCGGUGUUGAAAAGAUGAGCACCCCGCUGCUCCUGUAGGACAGGAUGGCCCUCGCAGAGUGCUACGUAGCCGGCUUCCCAGACCUCCAGAGGAGGCUGCUGGCCCUCCUGGACUCCUGGUGCCAGCCCGGCUUUGACAUCAGAGUUGUGGCCAGGCAGCUCCCGCAGGUGACCCCCCUGCUGCUGGAGAGGCUGAGCCCCAGAGUGCUGAGUCGGCAGGUCCCGAGCCUGCUGGAGCGGCAGGGCCUGGACCCAGCGUUGUGUCCCCACGCCAUCGCUCAGCAGCGCCUGGAGGCCCUGCGCCACCUGUGCCAUGAGCAUUUUGUGGAGGGCAGCUGGUCUCGGGAGAACUGGACUGAGCAUGUGCAGGCCCUGGUGGGACAGGACGAGCUGCUGCAGUGGCUGGCCUCUCCCGACAACCAGGCCGUAGCUGCCCAGUGCGUCCUGGACCUCUCGCUGCCUGAGGCGCAGCUGCCAGCCUCGGUGGCUGCUGAGCUCCGCUGGCUCAAACUCCAGGGGCGGGCUGCUGAGGUGCGUUCCAAGAGCCAAAGGGAUGAUUUCUACCAGCUGCCCAUCGCCAGCGGGGACAUCCAUUUCCUGGCCUCCUGGGAGGACCUAGCCAGGCAUGAGGAGGAGCUCCUACAGCCCGGCCAGGUGCUCGCUGUGGACCUGGAGUGGCGACCCUCGUUUGGCAGGGGCCGGCCCCAGGCGUCCAUCCUGCAGCUGGCGGUGAAGGGCCGUGUGUUCCUGCUGGAUCUGCCCGUGCUCUCACGGCCAGUGGGAGGGCAGGUGUCCCAGGCCUUCUCCAGGCUGGUCUCCCAGAUGCUCUCGGAUCCCUCCGUCACUAAGGUGGGUUACAGGAUGUCAGGGGACCUUCGGAGCCUGGGUGCUUCCUGCCCUGCCCUCGCGCGCGUGGAGGAGCAGCUGUGGGGCGGUCUAGAUCUGCUGCAGGUGCACAGACAGAUGCGGGUGGGAGACAAGCCAGCUCUAGGCAGAGGUGAGGCCAGGGGGCUGCGGGGCCUCAGCCUCCUGGCGCAGCAGGUUCUGGGCAAGCCCCUGGACAAGGCGCAGCAGCUCUCUCACUGGGACCGGCGGCCGCUGAGCGAGGGGCAGCUGGUGUACGCAGCUGCUGAUGCCUACUGCCUGCUGGAGGUGUACCAGGCUCUGUGCAGAGACCCUGCCCGGUUCUGCCUGUCUGAGGACCUGGCCAGGAGCCUGAGGCCAGCAAGCAGUGAGAGGUCAGAGGCCUGGGAGCCGCCCGGCCUGCAGGAGGCCUCAGCCUUGGCUUGGCCGGUGAGUGUGGCCCCUCAGCCUGUGGCUGAGAAGCAGGACGCCGCCCCCGAGGUCCCUGUCAGGGCCUUCUGUGCAGUGUGUGACAGCAUGCUCCAUGGGCUGGCCCGGAGCCUGCGAUGCCUGGGGGCCGACGUGCUGACACUGGGCGCCGGCGAGGACCACCGCAGGGCUGUGGAGGUUGCCAGGCAGGAGGGAAGGAUCAUCUUGACCUCAGGGCUGCCGUACCACAAGCUCCGGGCCCAGGUCGGGGCUGGGCGCUGCGUGUCGGUAGACUGCUCCCUCAAGGCCCAGCAGCAGGUAAAGGCUGUGCUCAAGCAUUUCGUCGUGCGCGUCACCCCUGCCGACAUCUUCAGCCGCUGCCAGGCCUGUAACUGCGACCAGUACCUGAAGGUCUCCAAGGAGAUGAUGAAGCAGCUGGUGUGGCUUGGCAGCCACCGGGAAGGCCCCAGCAGCACAGGUGAUGAGGCCAGCUCCAGCGCAGACUUACAGGAGGCAGGCUCAGCCCCGGAGGAGGCCCCUGGGAGCUGCACCCAUGACCUGCCCUGCCGCUGGCUGGAGGCGGCUGACCUGCAGUCCCACGCGCCCGCCGUCCUGCGCAACGGCACCCGACGGCAGCCGGCGGGGGUCCCGGAGGGCGUGCUGCGGCGGCAGGGCUCACGCCCCUUCUACUGCUGCACCGGCUGUGGCAAGGUCUUCUGGGAGGGCUCCCACCUGGGCCGCAUCACCACACAUUUCCUCGAAGUCCUGGAUGGGGCCUCCAGGCCCUGCCGCCCCCUGCCCUGUCCUGUCAGCGGCCUCCCCUGAGGACAGGCCCAGGCCCCGCUGGUCUGCAUCUCCCUCCCAGGCUCUCUGCACACACCCCGGUGCUCCCCACCGGCAGGCCAGCAGGGUUCCAGCCCCGCACAGAAGCUGGAGCAAGGUGGAGGGGAUCAAGGUUUUCCACACGGGCAGGAUGCUCGGACCCUGAGCCGAGAGCCGCCUGACAUUCAGGAAUGAGGCCAGCGGAAGGUGGGAAGGACACGCCUGGCAGAGGAAAUGGCACAAAGGCCCAAGGGUGGGACCCAAGUGGCUCCCCGAGCGCCGGGCUCAGUGGGCUGGGGGGUGGGGGCACAGGCCCCCCCGCCGUGCUGGUGGUCCACUCCCUUUGCUGUAGCAGCCCCUACCCCCCGCUCCUGCCACUACCCCACUCUGCUGGCAUUCUCAGGCCAAGGGCCAAGCCUCCAGGCCAAGCAGGACAGGACCUUCCCCCCUUCCCCCAAGUAGUUCCCAGCCAGGCUGGCCCUCCGGGGUCCUCUGAUUCCUGGGGAGUAAUAUGGUGGGGGGAGCUUCCCAGGCACCGGGGCCCAGUCCUGCCUGGUGCCAGGGGCAGUGCAGCCACCCUCUAGGAAGACAUCCAUUGUGUACUGGAAGGCCAUGGCCUGGAGGGGAGGCGGCCCCUCUGAGUUUGUGGCUCUGGCUCCCUUGCUGGCCUCCUGCCCCCACCCCCGUCCUCCCCCCA